GUGUACAUGUUAGCCUGUGUGCUAACUGGUAGCUAAAGUUGUACUUUCACUUUCUGACAGUCAACAAGGCUUCCUGGAAAACGAAACUAGAAGCCGCCAUUGUUGUGUUGGACUGUCGUUUGAUCAUCGGCGUCAACAUUUCAGACGUUUCUGCGUCGAUAUUGAAAACUUGGAGGAGGAGGAGAGUGACACAUUCAACCGGCAAACACGCAGUUUACCUGCUAGCUCCAGCCGCUAGCUCCAGCCGCUAGCUCCAGCCGCUAGCUCCAGCGGCUAGCUCCAGCGGCUAGCUCCCGUCGCUAGCAUGGACGGCGUGACGACCAACGAGGAGAGGGGGGCCGAGAAACAAAUGGACGACUACCUGAAAUCAAUCGGCUUUCACCGGAAGAAGAUCGCCAAAGACGGCUCGUGCUUGUUCCGAGCUGUCGCCGAGCAGGUGCUGCACUGUCAAAGCCUUCACGCUAAAGUCAGAGCCAAAUGUGUUGAGUUCCUGAAGCAGAACAGAUCGAGCUAUGAGGCUUUUAUUGAAGGCGACUGUGAUUACCUGUGCAAGCUUCAGGACCCGCAGCAGUGGGUUGGCGAGGUGGAGAUCCACGCUCUCGCCAUCAUGUACCAGAGGGAUUUUCAGAUCUUCCAGGAUCCCGGUAAACCAGCCGUCAACAUCACAGACCACAACUUCAAAGAAGGUGACCCUGAACGCACCACGCAGAGUUUCUACAUUCUUCUUCUUGGUGUGCGGUUGUGUUUCCUGAACGGGAAUCACUACGACAGCGUUUAUCCCGUCAGCCACGUCAAGAACGCCGCUCUCUGCCAGUCCAUCCUGUACGAGCUGCUCUACGACGAUGUGUUCAAAGUCGAGCGCGGUGCUCUGAGCGUGUGUCAGCGGGUCGGGAGACCUCACGACCUCCUCAUCGACGACAACAUGGCCGCCUGCGGCAGCAGCGACGAGUCGGACAACGGCGACCCGCUGUGGAUCGAAAAUGGAACAAACACGACGAACACGACGGCCCCAAGACACAACAACAGGGGUCGGGGGCGGGGCCGGGUCCUGUCUGAGAGGGUGAGGCGUUCACUGAACCCGACUCUGUUCAGGAACAUUGAGUACGACGUCUGGCACAAAACGAAGAGAGCUCAGCAGAAGUUGGAUUAUUGUAUCGCUGCAGGGAUGCAGUUUACUGCAGGAGACCGCUGCCAGGUCCGUCUUGAGGGGAGUGGGCGGAGCUACAAUGCGACUGUCAAGGAGGUUCCCGCUGACAACGGCUCAGUGACAGUUUUUAUCGAGGAACUGGGCAAGAAACAGGUUCCUCUGUGGAGUCUGCGUCCUCCCUCUGAUGAGAACAGCUGGAGCACUGUGGUGAACCGAGACAAGAGACUCAGCAACGGACAAGGAGAUUGGGAGGAGAGGAGUAAGGGGAGAGGACGGGGGAAGAACGUCCCCGCGUCCUCCUCUGUCCCGGCCCCGGCGCCGGGCCCCUCUGGGCGCGUGCAGAAGCAGCACUCGUGGCCCCCGCAGGCCACCGUAGAGGAGCAGGGCGCCACCAAAUCCACCAGGAAGUCCGUGAGCGUGGUGGAGUCGGCGUUCGGUCUGACGGAGGAGCAGCGUUUGGCCAAAGAGGAGGAGAAGAUGAACGUGGCGUUGGUGGAGAUCCAGCUGAGAGACGAGCAGAGCUUCCCCGCUCUCGGGGGCUCGAGUCAGGGGGACGGAGGGAGGAAGAAAGGAGGAGAGAAGAAGAAAUCUCAGAGGAACAAAACGAAGAGUCCAGUUGAAGACGUCGGAGCUCCGUCGCCCUCUGCUGGAGAGAGACCGAAGUCCUCCACCCCGCCUCUCACUACUCCUGCUUCUUCUUCUACUAAUACUGCAAAUACACCCACCAACCCCAUCGCCACUAAACGUCCUCCUGCUGCUCCUGCUGCUCCUGCUGCUCCGUCUGCAGACUCCGCCCCCGCCUCCCUGAGCUCGCACAAAGCUUCAGCGCCGAAAACGAACCCGCCCACCGCGGCUCCUGCACCUCCAGACGCUCCCUCCUCCUCCUCAUCCACUUCUCCUCCUCUUCCUCCUCCUGCUGUCCCCUCCUCCGCCUCUCUCUUCUCCUUCAUCACCCCCGUCCUCCCCCCUGCUUCCUCCCCCUCCCUCAGC